GGGCUGGUCGGAAUCCCUGGAGCUGGGCUCGUGCCCCGUGGAGCCCAAAGCCGACCCGGAGCCCUUCCCGGCGUUCCGGCCGCCGUUCCGGAGCAGCGCCGGCUGGCAGUGGAGCGGCCCGGCCGCGCCCAAACGCGCCAAAGCGCCGCCGGCGCCGCACCGGGAGCCGCCGCCGCCCCACGGCAAGAGGCCGCUGAGCUUCCCGGAGACCCCCCACGCCGCCCCCGCCGCCGCCGGCGCCGCGCCGGCACAGCCCUACCGGCAACCUUCCGGAAGCUUCUCGGCGCCGGGAAGCGCCGGCGCGGCCUACGCGCGGUACAAACCCUCCCCGGAGAGGUACGGGGCGACCCCGCACUCCGGCCACUCCGGCCACUCCGGCCACUCGAGCCACGACGACUCGUCGUCCGGCGGGAUCAGCAGCCACGAGGGCACCAUGGAGCGCCACAAGGCGGAGCCCCUCUGGCACGUCCCGGCACAGGCCCGGCUGCCCGGCGGGAAGCGGCCGGGCCGGCAGGAGCCCAGCGGGAAGGAUUCCCCCAACCGGCAUUCCAAG